CCACCACCGAAAAGAAAAAAAUCAGACAUUGACAUUGACAUUUCUACACCUUCCACCAACAUCAGGCUCCACGUCAAACCUAUUGCUUGCCUCCGCCAUACACGCGGUUUGGUCUACUUCCUUCGUUCUAUAUUUUUAUUUUGUUCCAAGGCUAAACCGCUUCUUACGGAACACGGCAAACGAGCCUAGCUCGCCAUGGCGGAUGAAGAAUACUCGAGGGCGUCUGCGGACGCGGAUCGUGAGAUGACGAGGCUCUGGCGCACAUGGAGAACAGUUUUCGAGAUGCUGGCUGAUCGGGGCUACGAAGUGACCGAAGAAGAGAUAAAAAUUCCUCUCGACGAGUUCAGAACGCGAUAUUCAGACGCGCUUGGGUUUCCUGAUCGCAAUAAGAUGAAAAUCAGCGCCCGGCCUUCACAGGCAAUGAUGGACAGAUACACUCCCCUCCCCACAACUUUAAAACCAAACCCAGUCCCCGAGUGCGGUACUAUUUACGUUGAAUUCUGUCCCGAUAUACACAGCGUUGGAACAAAACAAGUCCGUGCGUUUAACCAUUUCAUAGACGAACAAAACUACCACACCGGCAUCUUCAUUAGCCAAACGCCAAUUUCCCCAUCCGCCAUACGAGUUCUCAAUAGUAUACCAGGCCGUUUCUGCGAACAUUUUCAAGAACAGGAACUCCUAGUCAACAUUACACAUCACGAGUUAGUACCCAAGCACGUUCUUCUAAGUGCGGAGGAGAAGAAACGGCUCCUUCAACGAUAUCGGUUAAAGGAAUCUCAGCUUCCGCGUAUCCAGAGUGGAGACCCCGUGGCGAAAUACCUAGGUCUGCGACGAGGACAGGUUGUGAAGAUCAUUAGAAAGAGUGAAACGGCUGGCCGAUAUGCCAGCUACCGCUGGGUUACCUAAACGGGCGCAUCCAUGUCUAGGUGUUGCAUAAUGUAUGAACUGGUAUUCCAUAAGGGAACGCGGAAUACCCUGGCCUCUCCUCCUUGGCAAAAUACCCCGACUCGGAUUAUUUGACGGAUGAGCAGGACUUUGAAGGAUCAGACUGUGUCUCUUACCCCUUACUCCUCGCUGAUUAAAGAAUCAGCCAAAUGGGAGGGUGGAUGGACCGGCCCCACACAACCUCGCCUUUGUCCUCUCUAUCAGAUCAUCGGUAUACCACCAAUCUUUAUGGACGAAAUUGUAAGCGUUACCCUAUUUCGGGUAGUCUUCGCGCUUUACUUUUACUAUUUAUUCACGACGAGCAGAAUGGCGUACGGUGUCGGGAAGGGAGCUUUGUUUGAUAUGUUUUACCUUGAGUUUUUAAUUAUUGAUUGCAUCGCUGUAACGUUUGGGCGUGUAGACUACGCAAUUUCCGUUUUCUUUUUGAUUCAGCUUUCUGAUUGUCAGAUUGCAUCAGCUUAACCUUUCAUGCUUACACAAGAGCGAAAGCCUUCAAAAGCUUUCCUGUUUCUGAUAUCCGGAAGGGGAAAAGAAGGAAGGGAGGGAUGAAUCGCGCUGAAUUUCAAGGCAGGUUGGACAAAAGGGAAUAAUUUAAUUAUAGGAGAAUAAAAGGAAAAUGACACAAGAUUGUCAUACUUAUUGGUGGUCUUGUUAUUUUGUUCUCUGCGGAAUCGCCUAGAGGAGUAACCUACUAAAACUUGAAGCAAAUCAGUUUUGGUCAUUCUCACAAACGGUCGGUUGCAUACAAUCAAUCAAUAGGUGCAGAUGUCAUCCUCACUCCCAUCUCUGCGGUUAAAAAAUGCUCUGCCUGGAAUUUUAUCACCGUGUUUCCCCCGACGUAAACUGGCGAUUUGCCUUCAGCUGCCUUGUUGCCGACUGGAGGCAAUUGCUGAGCUCCUGACGAUUCGUCUGCUGCUCUCUGAGCAUGAUAUUGACAUUGUAAAGCAGAAAAAAGACUGAGGUGAUCAAGGAUAACCAGCUUGACU